GUGUGUGCAGCUUUCUUUUGGGCAUAAACACCUGUACUUUUCAAGGAGGGGGGACCUACCAGCUGCCAACAUGUCCAGCAAAAGGGCCAAGGGGAAGAACACCAAGAAGCGUCCUCAGCGCGCCACCUCCAAUGUGUUCGCCAUGUUUGAUCAGUCUCAAAUCCAAGAGUUCAAGGAGGCCUUCAACAUGAUCGACCAAAACAGGGAUGGUUUUAUUGAUAAAGAAGACCUUCAUGACAUGCUGGCCUCAUUAGGUAAGAACCCCACAGAUGACUACCUGGAGGCGAUGAUGAAUGAAGCCCCUGGUCCGAUUAACUUCACUAUGUUCCUGACCAUGUUUGGAGAAAAGUUGAACGGCACAGACCCUGAAGAUGUGAUCCGCAAUGCUUUUGCCUGCUUUGAUGAGGAGGGAACAGGCGUGAUCCAGGAGGAGUACCUGCGGGAGCUGCUCACCACGAUGGGCGACCGGUUUACAGAUGAAGAAGUGGACGAGCUCUUCCGUGAGGCUCCCAUCGACAAGAAAGGCAACUUCAACUAUGUAGCAUUCACGCGCAUCCUAAAGCACGGCGCAAAGGACAAGGACGAUUAGUGACAGAAGCAUCGCUGGACGAGGUUUACGUGUUCGUGUGUACCUUUUUAAUGGGUUUCCACUAAAGUUAAAAUCACUACACUGUCAUUAGGCUCAUGAAGCUUCACUGUGGUAUAGCCAGCAAAAGGUUAUUUGUUUAUUAUGCUGCUUAUUGGACCUCUGGAUCCCCUCUCCAACCCUACUCUCAAAGCUCAUUUGCACAUCUGUGAUAACACCACUAAGGGUCUGUGUAAGCUAGUAGACGUGUGAAAAGACCCUCAUUGAUAAAGCUGGAAAUAAAGUGUUACAAGGUGUGUGUUACUGUGACUUGGUUUGGUGUUGCUGAAUCAUUUGU